GCGGUGCUGAUCCGUGCGGGCGCGCUCACAGGCGAAAAGCACACGCGAGCAGCGCUGGUGUUGACGGUCCGUGAGUGGAUUCUGCUUGAAUAAUAUUACUGACCUACAUCUCUGCGACAGGCCUGCACAUUUGCGCAAACAUUUUGGUCGAAACGGCGAGCUCGCGGAACGAAACGGAAGGCAGGAUGAGCAAAGUCCAGGGCGGCAUGAAAUGUGUCAAAUACCUGCUAUUCGUCUUCAACUUCAUAUUCUGGCUGUCAGGCUCACUGGUUUUGGCUGUGGGAUUAUGGUUGAGGUUUGACCCGAACACGGAUAAGCUUUUAACCCAAAAUGAUGCCCCUGAGCACUUCUUCAUUGCGGUGUACAUCCUGAUCGGAGCGGGAGGCGUCAUGAUGUUGGUGGGGUUCUUCGGCUGCUUUGGCGCCGUGAGGGAGUCACAGUGUCUUUUGGGAUCGUUCUUUGCUUGCCUUCUGGUGAUAUUUGGCGCAGAGGUCGCUGCUGGAGUCUUUGGAUUUUUGAAUAAGGAUAAGAUCAUUAAGGAUGUCAAAGAGUAUUACAGUUCUGCUGUGAACAGUGGCAAUGUGACUAUUGUAUCCCUGUAUCAAGAAGUGCUUGAUUGCUGCAGGCUCCUUGACAGUUCUGAUUCAUGCCGUGAUGGCAGUUCUAAAAGGGAUUGUGCCAACGCUAUAGAAGACUUCUUCACUGACAAACUCUUCAUAAUUGGAUAUGUUGGCAUCGGCAUUGCUGGAAUUAUGAUAAUUGGCAUGAUCUUCAGCAUGGUUCUAUGCUGCGCCAUCCGGAACAGCAGAGAAGUUAUUUAGGUUCCUCGCGGUUCCCCUCUCACCCAGUUGGACUGUUUCAAAACCCGCCGUCUUUGCCUCAUCACAUUCAGGCUCGGGAAGCGUGUGGAGAUGGAGGAGCUCCCGUGAGGCAGUGUGGGUCCUGUGGUACUGUUUUGUUUCAGCAUUCUUGUUUCUGUCUUUUCUGUUCUUCACAUUGUUUGACGAUGACCUCCACUGCAUGGACUGCUACUGUAACCGCAUUAACCUUUAUGAUUAUUUUGUCUUGAUUUAUUUAUUACUGAAGCUCAUCACAUUGGGAAAUUUCAGUGUACAUCUUGUCUUUUUUUUAAACUUAAAGGUGAAGUUCACUUCCAGAACAACAAUUUACAAAUAAUUUACUCACCCCUGUGUUAUCCAAGAUGUUCAUGUCUUUCUUUCUUCAGCUGUAAAGAAAUUUUUGAGGAAAACAUUUCAGAAUUUCUCUCCAUGUAAUGGACUGAUAUGGUGCCUCUGAGUUUGAACUUCCAAAAUGCACUUUAAUGCAGUUUCAAAGGACUCUAAACAAUCCCAGCCAAGGAAAAAGGGUCCUAUCUAGCAAAACGAUCUGUUGUUUAUUCUGUUUAUUUCUGUUUAUGCUGUUUAAAAUUACAGUUAGGGUACGUCUAAAAACUCCCAUCUUAUUUUCUCCUCCAACUUCAAAAUCGUCUUACAUCGCUUCAGAAGUACCGACCCAGAGUUUACAAAGUGAACAUGAAAAGAAGAUCUAACAACUUUUACUUCCCAAAAAAUGUAAAAACAGUAGGACGUAGGACGAUUUUGAAGUUGGAGGAGAAAAUGAGACUGGAGUUUUUAGACGUACCCUAACUAUCAUGACCGGAAAAGAACAGUUCACACAGCUAGACAAGACGAGCGUUUGAGGUUAAAAAAGUAUAUAAAUUGUAAUUUUUUUUUUAGAAAGUAACCAAUCGUUUGGCUAGAUUGGGAUUGUUUAGACUUCUUUGAAGCUGCGUUUAAACUGCAUUUUGGAAGUUCACAUUUGGGGGAACUGUAGAAGUCCACUCUUCAGAGUGAAAUCCUGAAAUGUUUUCUGCAAAAAACAUAAUUUAAGACAUGAACAUCUUGGAUGACAAUAGGAUAAGAGUACCAUAGUAUCUGUAUAUGUUUGUUAUGGAAAUGAACUAAUCAUUUAAUGUACAUAAGCUCUCUGAUGCCUCUCUGAUCAACUACUUUUCAUCUUAUUUUUAAUGUUAUUUAUUGUGUGAACUAGACCAGGUUUUCUGUGCUAAUAGAUAAUGGGUCAUAUGUUUGUGUUAUGUUAUUUUGCCACAUCAUAUAGAGACUGAAUGAAGCCAAGAAGUAGAUUGAGUCAACAUGAACUCAAACUGUUUAAAUUUAAUUCCGUAACAUUCUUAGUCUUAUUGUAUGUUUAUUAGUUGCUUAUGAUUAAUGGUGAUAGUGAUUACAGCAAUAACGGAAGAGUUGAACAAACUGUUAUUGCUGAGAGGAAAUAACUUUCAGCCUCCAUGUUCCAGACAAUAAAAACCUCAAAAUUGUUUGAUUCAUGUUGACUUAUUGAAGUGUCACUUGUUUAAUCCUUUUUUUGGUUAAUGUAGAUUACUUUUUCUUGGCUGAAUUUGAAUCUGUAACAUUUAAACCCAUUUUUAAA